CUUAUCAAGUGAAGAGGUCAAAACCAAAACAUAAUCAGGUGUUGUUCCAAAUGACCUGUCAAGAAACUAGCUUAGAGACGAGUUCUAAAUUUAAACGCCAAAGAAAAGAAUCAGAAUGAUGCAAGAUCGAUGAAAAAUGUUGACUGAAUAAUUAUUUUUAAUGAUCAUAUGUGAGAAAAUCGAUGAAGAUAUGAGUUCAAAUUCGAGGAAUUAGGACCAUCAAAAUGGCUCCUGACCAGCUUCCAAAAGGAGCAACUUCAUCUUCAGUGAGAAAUACAGAAUUGAUAUAACAACAAAAUGGAAGUUGUUGGAGAAUAUGAGUAUAGCAAAAAGGAUCUGAUAGGCCAUGGGGCUUUUGCGGUUGUCUUCAAAGGAAGACAUAGAAAGAGACCAAAUCAUGUAGUGGCCAUUAAAAGUAUCACCAAGAAGAACUUGGCCAAGUCUCAAAAUUUGUUGAGCAAGGAAAUCAAGAUUUUAAAGGAGCUAUCAGAUCUUCACCAUGAGAAUGUGGUUGCUCUUCUGGACUGUAAGGAAACAACCAACCAUGUUUACUUAGUGAUGGAGUACUGUAAUGGAGGAGAUUUGGCUGACUACUUACAGGGUAGGUCAAAAGAUAUUCCCAAAGACACUUCAUCAGAACUCAGAGAUUUGUUGAUGAAAAUGUUAAAAAGAAAUGCAAAGGAUAGGAUAGAGUUUGAGGAGUUCUUCAGCCACCCUUUCCUUAAGCCCCCGGGACAGUCAGCGGCCGCCUCUUCCUCACCUGUACCGGUCCCCGGUAGAGCCUCCCAGGGAUGCUCAUCAGAGAGCCCCACCCCUCCCAGAUGUGUGUCUGCGUCCCCCUUAUCAGGGAAAGCCGACUACUCCACCCCUCCUUCCAAGGUUGUACAAAUGAUUAAACAGCAGGAGGUAGCAGAAGCCAUGUCAUCAAAUGAAGGAGAAUUCCUCAAAGUUGACAAGGGACCAACACCACGCAGUAACAGUCCCACAGAGCAUGACUUUGUGCUUGUGCCCGAUGGAAUGAGUGAUCACUCAGAUGGCAGUGAUAAAGGGGGAAUUCCCUCUACAGGGGAUUUACAGAGACCUUGUGAGCGCGCUCAGCCUCAGGUUGUGAAGGUCGAGCCCCAGACAGGGUCUGUAGGGUUCCGGAAGGACUCAUCUGGUAUGUCUAGUCCCAGUCGACCGUCAACACUGCCCAUGCAGGCCCAGAACCAGUCAGAGCCCAUCCCAGUACCCACACAGGUCAAAGCCUUCGAGAGAAUCAGAUCUAGUAACUCUCCACUCUCCAGUCCUCGCAAGUCUGGAAUGGAAAUCUCCCCCAUAGACUCAGCAAGAUUGUCUAGUCAGAACAUCAAGAUGUCACCACAGUCAGAAAGAAAACCAUUUACUGCCCCUGACAUUGGUUCUUUUUCACCUCCAACAGUGAAAUUCUGUGUUGGCACACCCCCAAGCAUCUCCCAGCCCUGGAGGAGGGGCAGUGUAGGCAGCUCUCAGGGAUUGGCCCAGUACCACCCCAGCAAUGUCUCAAACUCCCCCAAUCGUAGAGCAAGUAUGGGUAGUUCUCCCAAGGGUUUGACACAGAACUUUUCAAGCCCUGGGUCCUUGCCCACCAUCUUGGAUUCCCCUCAUUUUGAGUUUCACCAUGAGCCUCAGGUCAUUGACAACAUGCCCUCUGACCCCGUCAGGGCACCGUUUGGACAGAGUCGACCCAAGGCCAUUCCUGAGAGUAAGGGUACGAAGAGGUACAACCCUGGGGAGGUGGAUAGAGUAAAGAGAAACUUAAUGGAACGAUGCAAUACUGACCCAGGGGCCUCAGGGGGCAGCAGUAUGUUAUCACAGCAAAUGAAAGUCAAUUAUUUAAACCAGCAAGGACUGAAUCAGUUGGAAGGACAAGUGAUGAGGUACACAAGCAAUGAGCAACUGGUGUCUCCCAAUGAUAACACCAUCCAGAUGGAGACCCAGAGGUCAGGGUCGUAUCUAAGGAGAACAGUGAGUGCCACAUCACCCAGCAACAUGGUGUUUGCCAAGUCACCCCCCAACAUGGAGGGACCUGUAGCCUUUGUGGCCCCAGGACUGGCAGAGGAAACUCUAAUGGGAGAUAACCACAAUGAAAUAAUGGCCAAACUGAGUUUUGUGAAUGAUCUGGCCGACUGUGUGAUGGAGCUAGCCAUGGCAAAAGGAGCUCCACUCAACACUCUGUCAGAGUCUGUCAACUGGAAACAGGGUGAGGGGCCAUUACAGGGAGAACAAAUGCCAAAGUUUAUUGAAGCUCAAAGGUUGUUAGAACAGCUGGUUCUGUAUGUCAGAUCUCUACAGCUGUUAUCCUCAUCAUUACAACUAGCCAGGAGGGAAAUCAAGGAUGAGAGACUGCAGAUCUCUAAUGCCCUUAAAACUUUGUUGAAGCAGAUGAAUGAGCGUUACCAUCGCUGUGUGUCUGUCUGUAAGCACAUUCAACAGAGGCUGGGCAUCACAAUGCAGAAUGCCCUCACCCCACAAGUUGUCAUAGCAACUGCUGACAAGCUCAUCUAUAACUACGCCAUUGAAAUGUGUCAAACUGCUGCUUUGGAUGAAUUGUUUGGAAAUCCACAGGAGUGUUUUAAGCGAUACAACACAGCCCACAUCCUCCUUCACAGUUUGUCUCAGCAAGCAAGGAACACCAAUGAUAAACAGCUUCUCAAUAAAUACAAAGAAGCAGUGGAGAGGAGGCUUUCACAUAUACACUCGCAAGACUUCUACCCAAAGUACGAAGUCAGCUGAUAGCAGGUGCUCCUAAUAUCACAAAAUACACAGAAAAAAGGAGUGUAAUCGAAGAGAGAAGACAUCAUAAAAAAAAAUAACAAGCAGAAUCGUUUUCAUGCUUAUGUAUAAAGUUUUGAACAGACAAAAAUGGGACAAAAAAUUAUAAACAAUAAAAAAAUGAAAAAUAAAUGCCACAACUGCCUAUCAACAUAAAAGUGAAAUAUAUGACAGAAUAGAAAGAGAGAUACUCAGGGACGACAGCUUGACUCCAAGACUCAUCAGAGUAAGGAAACACGUGGCUGUUGGAAUGCAUCGUAUCAAAAGGAAAACGGAAUGAUAUUAUCAAUUAUUGACAAUAUUGCAGAGGAAAGGGACUGUGUAAUAUAUACCGCCUAGAAUGGCAUCCUGUGUAAACUGAUAAUUUAUGUCAGGAUACCCUCUGCAUUCUGAAGUGUAUUAAUAUUGACUCUAAUGGUGUGAUAACCCAUUGUGGAGAUUUAUACAAGCAUGUUUUGUAUGGUACUUGGAAUUGUGACUUGUAUUUGGAGAUGGACAUAUUAUACUUAAAUAGCAAAUAAGUGCAUGGUAUUAAUUUUCAAGGUCCACCAAGUUAUAGCAUAUAAAACAUUUUACAUUUGUUUUUGCUGUAAAACUUUUUCGAAACUUGUUGACAAUGUACAUGGAGUAAGCAUAUCUAAAUGAUGCAUCAUUUUGCUAUUAUUUGCCAAACCUUUUCCCUCCACAUUUUAUUUAUUGAAUUGUCUCCCUUGUGUUCAGUGUCUUGCCAGCCUAUUAUUUUGUUUGUAGCUUUGUCGUCAUGUUAUACAUCUUCCUCUCCUUCUCUCCCUUCCUGUAUUAUGCCUCAAACAUGAAGUAAUCUGUAGUUUAUUUAUCCAUAGAAUCAUCAAUAAUGUGCUAAAUUUAAAGCUUUGCUAACUUUAAGUGCUACAAAUGUUAAAAUCUUACUGCCUUAUUUACUCAGCAUUUAGCAAUAAUUUCAUCGAACACCAGCAUGUGUCAGUGAAAUAUUUUAGCUUUGUUGGAGCCCAUGUACUUACUGCAAUAUCUAACCUGCUGUCUGAAGCAUUGUAUAUAAUUCAUUGUCAACACCUGUAAAAGUUGUGAUAACCCUGGUACAACUGUUUUGUUAUGUAGAUGAUAUGCCUGGAUAUACCUACUGGUAUUUAUUCUGUAGGUUACAGCAGGUAUAUAUGUUUCUUGUGUAUAUUACAGCAUAUUCGCUUUCACAUUUUGUACAUAUUUGUGGCUUGUACAUUUUCUCCCAGUGUUGUCUUUAAGCAGGAAUACAGCAUGCUUUUUAAAGAUUCUUUGUUCAAUUGUAGAUAUAUAAUAAUUAUCAUUGCUAGUCAUACAAUGACAUAUGUUAAAAAGUUGUAUGAUUAAUUGAAAGCAUGAAACAGAACAAUCAUUAUGAGUAAUAAGAACAGAGAAUUUUUAAGAUGCUUUGUUUGCCAUGAUGAAUUAGUUUAUGGAUGAUUUUGUUGAAGUAACUUGAUUAUAGUUUAUGUAUUGGUCUUUCAGUAUUUUGUUAUUUGUGAUUUUAUUGUUUUGCUGUAUGAAUGCUUAUUUAUACAAAAAAAGAUUUUUGAUAUAUGGGUAUUGUAUACAACUUGUCACAGUUUGACCAGUUGGUAAUAACACAAGCUAUAGGGGAUGAAAUGAGGGACAUUGCAGAAAUUUUAUGUUGUUUUAUAGUUUUAGAUUGUCUUUCAUGUUUUAGUAGUGGCUUUGUCCAUUUGAAUUGUUUUAUUCUUUUUGCCCAUGCAAAAAUUCCAUUGUUUUAAUAUUUCAUUGUAUGCAAUGAAAUAUUUAAAUUAGAACUCUUAGAAAAAGUUCACCAAAUCCAACAUAAUUGUGAUAAACAGAUCACAGUGCGUGGCUGACUGUGAUGGAAGACCAUGGAUUGUGAUAUAUACAGAUUAUACAGAUGUAAGACACUGUUAUAUAACGACCGGCCCUAGAGUAAUAAUCAGGAGGGAGGUGCCAAGCUCCGGACGAGUAGAUUCUAUUUCUCUAGUCUUUCACUGACUCGAGAACCACCUGUGUUCCAUUGUAGUACAUGUACCUUUGUAUUACCUCAUUCUUAGGGACUGAGAUUUGUACAUUGUAUGAAUGAAAUAAAUGAUGAAAAGUC